UGUUGCUCACUUGACAGUGCUGGAGUGUAGGGUUGAUGCAUGCUGUCUUCAAAUAGAAUAGUAUCAAGUCUUCAUUGAAUUUAAAUUUAGUAAAUAUGACGGCAACGGCCAGCGCGCAAAAGAAGCUUGUUCAGUAUGUUGUUGUUCGAUCGGACUUGAUUCACACUUUGGCAUGGCCACUAGGUGCAGUAAUAACGCAAGCAUGCCACGCUACCACUGCUGCCAUACAUUUAUUCUACAGUGAUCCCGACACACAGGACUACUUAGCAGAUUUGGACAACAUGCACAAGGUGGUCUUAGAGGCUAAAACUGAGGAAGCCCUUUCAAGUCUGGCAUCAACGCUUACUGAAAAAGGUGUUUCACACAAACUCUGGAUGGAGCAGCCAGAGAAUAUCCCAACGUGCCUGGCCUUGAAACCUUACCCUAAAGAAACAGUACAGCCAUAUCUGCGAAAAUUCAAAUUGUUCAAGUGAGCGGACUCUGACAGACUGGAUCAAAUCUGCUUUGUGCAUGAGUGAUGUCUUUUGUGGCCUACAUCCCUUGAGUUUACAUUAUUGACUUCAGUGGUCAGCAAUGGGCCUUUUACGUACACAUACGUCUUAUGUUUUCCUGGACCACAGAACAAGCAAACCAAACUGUACACUUUUGUACAGAACUGUCAAAAAUAUAUUAUACUUUGAAUCAGCCAUAUACCAAAUGUGUUUGUGGUUGUGCAGCAAAUAAAAUAUCACCAAGAAACACCCAUUCAUAUGUAGCUUGGGAACUCCUAUGCCUCCCUGUGUGCUCGUUCCAAUAAGAAGGACAUGGAUAACCUGGCUGAAAUCUUCGUUUGGGAUUCCGACCACAGAACAGGGAGGGAGACAACACAUAUGAUGAGACAAACAUGAGCUUUAUUUACUUAGAGAUCUACCAGGUUGACAGCAGCUGUGAACCUAACUCUACAUCAAGCUUUUAAAAAAAAUAUUUAUAAUUUUUUUCUUAAAAGGUUUGAGCCUCAUUCUGCAAGCAUGUAAAGCAGGGCAGCCUUUCUGGAUCUGAGUGCUACCCAGGGCUAACCAAGGGCUACACAGCACUACCUUUGGGCUACUUGUCAUCAUCCUUAGUCACAUUGCGUUUCGUGAUCUGACAGACCACAACCAGGUGUCUGGUAUACAGUUAGCCAUGUACAGGCUGUAAGCUCAUCGUGGCCCACCAAAGUUCACAUCAGUCACCUGUCUCUAUCUUCAGUGGAACACAGGACAGUGGCGUUGUUCCCCUGUGUCAAGUUGUCUUCUUUUUUGUUUUUUGUUGGUCUGGAUUGGAAUUGGCCUACGCAGCAUUUCUUUGUCUGGACAUGUCAUGAUUAUAUUAUGUAGCACUAUAUUAAGUUUAUAUUAUAAACUCAGUGCUGUACUCUGCAAUAAAUUAAUGUGAGACAUUAACUCAUA